AUGACUAUCCAGACUGCCUUGACCGCUGCACUUGGGAUCCGGGUCCCUAUCGUCCAAGGUGGGAUGAUGUGGGUCGGUCUGCCCAAGCUAGUAGCAGCCGUGUCGAACGCAGGUGGAUUGGGCAUCCUCACCGGCCUCACCCAACCGACGCCCGAAGCGCUGAGACAAGCGAUCCGAGACACACGGAAGAUGACCUCGAAGCCGUUCGGAGUGAACCUGACGUUCCUACCAUCGAUCAACCCGCCUCCAUAUUCCGAGUUUGCCCAAGUGAUCAUCGACGAGGGGAUCAAGGUUUGUGAAACUGCCGGUGGACCAAGCGCCUCUCCAAUCAUCCAGAUGCUUCGCAAAGCAGAUAUUUAUGUCAUACAUAAAUGUACCAGCGUCCGACAUGCUAACAGUGCCGUCAAGAUCGGCGCCAAUAUGCUCUCUAUCGACGGUUUUGAAUGCGCUGGUCACCCUGGUGAGGAUGACAUUGGUGGGGUUGUUCUGCUGGCUCGAGCUGCUCAAGAGCUCAGAGUACCAUUCAUCGCCUCCGGUGGUUUCGCCAAUGGCAGAGGGUUAGCGGGAGCGAUUGCCUUGGGGGCUGCAGGGGUGAAUAUGGGCACCGCCUUCAUGGUUACUGAAGAGGCAGAGAUCCAUCAGAAUAUCAAGGAUGCAAUGAUCAAGGCGGACGAACGAAAUACGAUUCACAUCUUCCGCACCCUAAAGAACACUGCGCGAGUGUAUAAAAACGAUGUGGCCAUGGAAGUAGUCAAGAUUGAAAACCGGCCUGGUGGGUGCGAAUUUAAGGACAUUGCUCAUCUCGUCUCUGGUGCACGAGGGAAAAAGGUUUAUGAGGAUGGGGAUGUGAAUGCGGGUGUAUGGACAUGUGGGAUCAGUGUAGGACUGCUCACGAAAAUCCAGUCUUGCGAAUCGUUCAUUCGUGAAUGCGAAAGAGACGCCGAAGAGAUCAUUCAUGGAAUGGCUCGCAUGAUUGUUCAACAAUCAAAACUUUGA